AUGCGCACGACGCUUUUCUCUCUGCUCAUAUUAGCGCUUCUCGGAUUCGCCUACUCACAUCCUCAACUCCAUUUCGAAGAACCCAUCUCAUACCGACUUUUCAAUCGUCCGCGUCGCAAUCUCAAUCUAUUCACAAAACUCCAUAGAAUUCGUGAAGGAGCCAAACGAUUCGACCCGCUCUAUGAAGUCAUUGAUUACGUAUGA